GGAGAAUGUGACAGUUGGUGGGCGCCGGCACGCGAGGAGUAGUCAGAGCGGCGUCGAUCAGGUCCGAUGGCGCGAGGAAGUACCUGAGGGCGGCGACGAGAGAGAAGGGGGGGGAUUGCUUUCCCUCGGGCAGAGCAAGCGUUCCCUCACAGUCAGUCAGGCCAGAUUUAGUCGCAAACAUGUUGACGCAACUAAAAUUGGCUGUGAAAUCAUGUGCAUCCACGUGCAGAUACAUCCACCUAAAGGAGAUGGGCAAACCAUUGAUGCUGAGUCCCCGAACAAACAAGGGCAUGGCAUUCACAUUGGAAGAACGUCAGAUUCUUGGGCUGCAUGGACUUCUACCUCCCAAAGUAGAAACUCAGGACAUACAAGCAUUGCGUUUCAAGAAGAACCUAGGUGAUAUGGCCAAUGAUCUAGUAAAGUAUAUUUAUGUGAUGGGAAUCCAGGAACGAAACGAAAAGCUGUUCUAUAGAGUUCUACGUGAUGACAUUGAAAGGCUGAUGCCAAUUGUUUACACUCCUACAGUAGGUUUGGCCUGCUCACAGUAUGGACAAAUAUUUAGGAGACCAAAAGGUUUGUUUAUUUCUAUCCUGGACCAAGGUCACGUUAGGUCGAUCGUAGAGAACUGGCCAGAACCAGAUGUGCAGGCUGUGGUGGUAACUGAUGGAGAACGCAUAUUGGGCCUUGGAGAUUUGGGGGUUUAUGGAAUGGGAAUACCAGUUGGAAAGUUGUGCUUGUAUACAGCAUGUGCUGGAAUCAAACCUCAGAUGUGCCUUCCUGUCUGCAUCGAUGUUGGUACCGACAAUAAAGAUCUACUGAAAGAUCCCUUCUACCUGGGUCUUUAUCAGAAGAGAGACCGUUCACAACGCUAUUACGAUCUCAUUGACGAGUUUAUGGAAGCGAUUACAGAUAAGUACGGUCAAGGCACACUCAUUCAGUUUGAAGAUUUCGGAAACCACAAUGCCUUCACAUUUCUAAAGAAAUAUAGAGAGAAGUAUUGUACAUUUAAUGAUGAUAUUCAAGGGACUGCAGCAGUGGCGUUGGCGGGGUUGUUGUCAGCACGGAGGGUGAUUAACAAACCAAUCAGUGAGCACUGUUUUCUGUUUCUUGGGGCUGGAGAGGCAGCACUGGGCAUAGCUAAUCUGAUUGUAAUGGCAAUGAAGGAGACUGGAGUGCCUCAGGAGGAAGCACAGCGGAAAAUCUGGAUGUUUGACAAGGAUGGCUUGCUUGUCCUGGGGCGUUCAGAGGGGAUUCAAAGUGACCAGGAAUCCUUUGCCCAACCAAGUCCUAACCGCCAAGCGAAGACGUUUUUAGAUGCAGUUAAUAUAAUCCGGCCUACAGCGAUUAUCGGAGUGGCAGGUGCUGGCAGACUGUUCACCAGGGAAGUGAUUAGUGCCAUGGGGACCAUCAAUGAGCGUCCCAUCAUUUUUGCACUGAGUAAUCCAACUACAAAGGCUGAAUGCAGUGCAGAGGACGCAUACACGAUUACAGAGGGGAAGUGCCUUUUUGCUAGCGGCAGCCCAUUUGACCCAGUGACCCUGCCAGAUGGACGCACAUUCAAAUCGGGACAAGGAAAUAAUGCUUACAUCUUUCCUGGUGUGGCAUUGGGGGUGAUCUCAAGUAAGGCCCGUCAUAUCAGUGAUGAGGUCUUCUUGGAAGCGUCUAAGACAUUAGCUGAGCAGGUGACCGAUAAGGAACUGGAGGAAGGUGGACUUUACCCACACAUGUCUAAUAUUCAUGAAGUCUCCAUCCGCAUUGCAGUUAAGGUGGCAGAGUUCUUGUAUUCGAACAAAAUGGCUUUCCAAUACCCAGAGCCCAAGAACAAGGAGGAGUACAUUCGAAGAAAACUCUGGCGGACAGACUACGAGUCCUUUCUGCCUGAUGUUUACGACUGGCCAGAAUCUGUAACGAAAAUGACAAAUAAUUAGUAAUAGCACUUAUCUUGCUGAAGAAGGGACCGUCAGUACAAAAACUACACUGAAUAUGUUGUCUUUACUGGUAUCUAACUGCUCCUAGAUCUCACUUGCCAAAUUUUAUUUUGGGUUAAGUAACAUUUAAAAUAAUUUCACAUAUGAAAAGCCUUCUUCUUCGAGAUUUUUACUAAACUUUGGUCAUUUAAUAUUUUUAUUGGAAAGUAACGGUUUCUGUAUUUGUUAAACUCACGAGGAGUUCUAUCUCUCUCAUAACCCACUAAGUUAUAGCGCUGAACUAGUUUUCCUCUACCUUCAGUUCAAGAUGUGUUGACGUUUCAGUAGAGAAUAAAGAGACUGAUUUGCACUCGACAAAAACAUUUGACCCACCUCUCCCUCUGACAAAUCCUAUUUGCUCCCUCUUUAACAUAAAUGCAGCUUCUGUUUUAAGAAUACUUAGUAUGUCUAAAUGUUGAGAUGCUUCAUUAAGGUGUUCCCAUAAUGUUUUGCACAUUUGGUAUUGCUGUGUUCGCAUUGCUGGAGUGGAGCAAUAUCGAAGCCAUGUUUACACUGUCAGUGUGAACCAUAGUAUUUGAGUUGUGACAUUAUUUCUUUUUCCACCCCUGUCCAAAUUGUUGGUAAUUUAUUGUUAAAAGUCCCUUUAUGAGUGGUUUCGGAAAUCAGGGGAGAGCGGUGCAGUGCCUUCUUUACCAUCUAUGUGCAGCGGUGAAAGGAAUGAAUGAAUGAUUUUUUUUAAUAAGAGAGGUGAUGGCAGGACUGACUCUUUCCUAACGUGGUAGGUUUGUGAUCAUGACUGCUCAUGGCACUAUUUCAGGAGGUGCUGCACUAUUUAAAUAUAACUGUAAUAUCGGGUUUGCUGUAAAUAUUUGAGUAGACUGCCCUGUGUGUUCUAGACUGCCCUUGGAGAGACGAAAGCACUUGAAGUGGCUAACAAAGGGAUAGGGCUGCAGUGAUUAAGUGUGCUUGUUAGAUGUGGGAAAAUUGAGAAAUCUUUGGUUUUAUUUACAUAUAAAUUUAGUUUUUAGUUUUCCACUUCUCCAGUAUCUUGUGCAAUGAAAUUAAGGGAAUCAGUUUAGAUACUGUGAAUUGGUACGUAGACAAAUAAUGGCAAGUGAUGACGUGUUAAAGAUCCUAGCCCUCACCUUCAAAGCCCUGCAUGGCCUUGCUCCCUACCUCUGUGACCUUCUAACCGCCUACCAACCUGUCCACUCCCUCCGCUCAGCGGGCUCCGACCUGCUUCAUGUCCCCCCCCCUGCCGGCCCCACUAUUGGCAGGCAGGUCUUCAGCCUUUUGUCCCCCACCCUCUGGAACUCCAUCCCA